AGGAGUAAGUAAAUUAGUUUCUCGUUGGAUACCCCACCCUUGACUGAAGAGCAGAAAAUUUGUGUCAAAAGCGGUCAUAUUGCAACAAUUCCUCUUAAUGAGCAAAGAACUGUUACUGCGGAUUGGUAUACCACCAUUUGUUUGCCAAAAGUCAUCCCGAGCUUCGAAAAAUCAACCCCGAAAGAAGAAUCAUCCUCCACCAAGACAAUGCAAGCUCGCACACAGCCCAAAAAACAAGGCUGUAUUUAACGGAAGAAAACGUUGAAUUAUUGGACCAUCCUCCAUAUAGUCCCGAUCUAAGUCCUAACGAUUUCUUUACUUUCUCGAAAAUUAAAAACAGACUGGGUGGUCAAAGGUUUCAGUCACCAGAAGAAGCAGUUGACGCAU